AUGGACAUGUCCACUCAGCGCGAUGUAUGGCUCGCCCAAACCGUCGAAGACGCCAUGGAACCCGGCCUGCCCAUUUGCGACCCACACCAUCAUUUCUGGGAUCGUGAUGGCGACCGCUACAUGCUGGAACAGCUCACGGAGGACGUGAGCGGUGGACACAACAUUGCCCAGACCGUUUUCAUAGAAUGCCACUCCAUGUACCGGGCUCACGGGCCCGACGAGAUGCGUUCCGUCGGUGAGAUCGAAUUCGUCCAGGGGAUUGCCGCCCAGAGCGCCAGCGGCCAAUACGGCCCCACCGAGGUUGCAGCCGGAAUCGUAGGUAACGCCAAUCUCAUGCUGGGAUCUGCCGUGCAGCCGGCGCUGGAAGCCCUUAUUGCGGCCAGCAGCAACCGGUUCCGGGGCAUCCGUUUCUCCUGCGGCUGGGAUGCCAGCCCCCAGGUCUCUCCGGGGAGUCCCAACACGCCCGGGAUGCUCAUGGAUUCGCGCCUCAGGGAGGGGUUCAACUGUCUGCGUAAUCUGGGCCUGAGCUUCGAUGCCCUGGUGUACCACACCCAGUUGGCCGACCUGGCCGACCUGGCGGGUGCGUUUCCCGACGCAACGAUCAUACUGAAUCACAUUGGCCGACCCCUGGGCGUCGGUCCCUAUGCCGGCAAGCGGGAUGAGGUCUUUGCCGACUGGCAGAAGGGAAUCGCUGCCGUGGCCGAACACGAAAACGUGGUGGUAAAACUGGGUGGGUUCGGCAACGUUAUCAGCGGUUACGACUGGCACCAGCGCCCCAUCCCUCCGACGUCGACGGAACUGGCCGACACCAUCGCUCCGUGGAUUAUGUACUGUAUCGAACAGUUUGGGCCCGAACGCUGCAUGUUCGAAAGCAACUUCCCCGUAGAUAAAAAUUCGUACGCUUACACCAACGGUUGGAACGCGUUCAAGCGUGUCACUGCCGGGUUUUCGGAUCCGGAAAAAGCCGCCAUGUUUCAGGGAACCGCUGUGAAAGCCUAUCGACUCUAA